GUAGGUACAAAUUCAGGGACCCCGGAAGCGGGGGAGGGCCAAAAAGUUUCAAAUAUCCUUUAACCAUACAAAAAUCGCCCUGCUCUUGGUUUUUUAGCAUAUUUAGCCCCCCAAAAUAUUUUAGCCCCCUCAAUCUCUAACAUUCUACGCGGUCCUGGUACAAGUUCCGCAUGGAACCAAAAAUUGGGACCUGAGAAAGAAUGUUUGACCAGGAAGAAUGGAUCUUUCUUUGGGCGUUGCGGAGCAGUUCUGUUUGUUAUGGCAACGCAGCCUCGUUUCUGGUAAACAGUCAAAAGAGCAAUGGCGGAUGCUUGCAAAUAUAACGAAUCGACAACCGCGAUAAAUUUUGCUUUGAGAAGCAGCUGCAAGACACAUAGAUUGUGUUUCAAAAGAUAUAUGUGUUGAUGUUGAAAAUACUGUUUAAAAUAAGGAAAACAAAGAGACGUGGAAAUCAAGGAGAGUUAUGGCAUCAGAAGAAUUACAAGAUCGAAUUAUAUCAACUGCAGGCAGUAUGGUAUCUGAAGGAGGAUUCCUAGAGAGGGGUGACGCCCCUGCCCAGGCUGUUUUGCAUUCAAAUGCUCAAGCAAUGGCUCUGAGAAAAGCAGCCGAAACUCAGGAAGAGCUUGGUAAAAUAACUGAUCGCGUUGACAAAACUUUGAGUUCAUAUAUAUUAGCCGACUCGAUAGAGCAGCCAAUAACAGGAGCUGACAUCAAUAAGAUAAAGGACACAUAUGUUAAAGACAGAAAUGCGACGCUGGAGCUUGUCGAUGACCUGACACAGCUCAUUAUUAUUUUGUCAGAUCCCAUCGCCAAGAAAAAGUAUCAGCAACAAGUGACAAUCUUUAUUGUGGGAUAUGAAAAUCUGUGUGGAAACAGAGUGAAAAUCCUGUCGCAGUUGAAUGAGUUUUUCAUUCAAAAUAGCAAAGACGAAGAUGCAUAUGACAUAGAGUAUCCAGAUUUCGACAUUGAAGAAGUUGGUAAAAAUGUAAGAACCGCUUUGGAUAGAGCAGAAAAAGCUCACGAGCGACUUAAUGCAGUUUCCACUGAAGUUAUAAAAGUUUUAGAAACUGUCAACCCAAAGGAAGCAAAAAGCCGGAAAAAGAAGCUUGAAAAAGCCAUCAUCCAAUCAAGAGAUGACAUCAUCCAGCUCACAGAAAAACUCACAAGUGUCCAGAAAGAGUUGGAGGCAAACGAAGGGAAAUCAUCGCAACUUUAUAAGACACUGGAAGGCAAACAGAUGGAAAUUGAAAAGUUAAAAGGACACGUGGAAAUGGGGAAGAGAAAAGCCCAAGAACUCGAUGAACUAAAAUCUGAAGCUGAGCAGAAAAAUGCCACCAUUCUAAAGAUGCGGCAAGAAAUGGAUAAAUUGAAGCUACUGCUCGCCCACGCAGAGGACAAACACGAGCAUGUGUCGAACAAGCAAAAGGAGUCUCGAGAAAAACAACAGAGAAUGCAAUCCGACCUUGAAGAAAGAGUUAAAGAACAGCAGCAAAAAGUUGCGGAGAUACGAAAAGCUAUGGAGACACAGCAUGACCAAGAAUUAAAAGAUUUGAGGACGAAUUACCAAACUGAGAUGUCUGAAAUAAAAUCGAAGUAUGAACAGGAAAUAUUCACGCUUAAGGAAAGCGUUGCAUUGACUGAAAAGCAACGAGAUGACGCUGAGAAAGAGCGAGCAGAACUGCAAAGAUUCACGACAUCAUUUUUUAACGAAGACACAGAGAAGAGUCGAUCUGCUUCCAAACUUUCUUGGAAAUCUUCUGCCAAAGCACUGCGACUUACAACUGCAAAGAAGAGCCAAACACUGGGAACAGAUUCACUGCCAUCUACUCCUAAGAAGGCGCUACAAACUGACGGUUCCAUCGCCUCUUUGAAAUCAAAGACGGCUUCAGAUCUGAAAACAGAUGCCAGCCAACUUGAUCGAUCAAACACGGAAGCAAGCUACACUGGCAAAUUUCCCGGAACUCCAGCAGCUGCAACUCCUGCUACCCCUGCGGCGCAGAAGCAGCCGGAUAAUGAGCAUCGCAAGGUCUCAUUCACAGGCUCCUCCGUAAGCGGGACACCAGGUUUGCCAUCAAGCCCGGAAAAGUCUAUGGGAUCACGUGGGAGACGCCGCACAGGGAAACUAGUGCAGUCAAGGAGCAAUCUUUCGCGCACGUCAUCGAAGCCAUUAUUGUCGACCCAAGAAGAGGCUGCUGCAGCUGGUUUAGUUGAAAUGAUUGACGAAGCUAUCCAAACCGAGGUUACUGUGCCGGAAAAGAAGGAACUCGAUUCGGAUAUGGAAACUGCUAUAAGGAGGCUAUCGCUGAAUUUGAUUCCUGAAGAUGCCAUCAAAGAUAUUGACUCAACGGAUUUUACUACAAACUGGGAGGACUUUCCCAUUCAAGAAAUCCCGGCAAGAUUUGCUCAUUACAGAAAGUUGGCCCAGAAGAAAGAAGAGGAGAUGUUAAACGAGCUGACAGAACUGCGACAAAAGCAUAACAAUAAAGUUCAAGCACUGAAAGGGAUGAUGGAUCUAAGAAACAAUUGGACCACGGAACGAGAAGAACUUGUAAGACAGCUAGAGACUGGCAAAGCAAUGAAAGAAGAGGCUGAAAACGAGGCUGAACUAGCUAUGCUGCAGUUGGAAGAGAUGUUGGUUGAAAAAGAGGAGCUUAGAGAAGAAAUCGAGAGGAAAACGCAGGCAUUGGUGGAGCUGCAGAUUAGAGCCAGUAGCCCAAUUGAGAAGGCGCCUUCGUUGCAUGAAAUAGGGGUUGGAACUGAACAGUUUGAUGAAAGGCCGAGUGACAAUGAAAGCCAAAUGACUACCCGGCCUAUGACUGUACCCACCAUCAUACAAUCGGAUGAUUUCACAUCUGAGGUCAUCCACGAAGGAGAAGCCGAGGUCACCCCUGGUACUUUGACCCAUGAUACUUUGACCCAUGAACUUCCAGAGCGUAUAAUGAGUGCUAGAGCAAGAACGAGGCUGGUAAACUCUGCAUUGAGCAGGCACCCUGUGGCAAGAGAAAUAUCACUCAACUACAAAAGACUACUUGCUUUCAAAGAGAAAAUUGUCGAGAUACUUAAUAAAGAAUUUCUUGAAGACGAGGCCACGCAGCUGAGUGAAUGCGAGGUUGUGCCAAUAGAUGAGACUAACAGCCUGUCGAUAUUGGAGAAAGUAUCAGAAAUACGUAAUAGUACCACAGAGAUCAUCGAUUGCCUGUCACGGAUAAUUCCAGGCCUGAUUACCUCUGAGGAUAUUUUGUACAGCACACUUGCUGAUGGCAACAAUGGAGACGUUUCUGCGGAUUCAGCUGUCAAGCUAGAGAGUGCUGUUGACUUGCAAGAAUCCUUAGUGUCACUAUCAGACAACAAACUUAGUGCAAAGGUCAAAGGUCAAGAUUCACAAGAGCAGGGUUCUCAUGGUAGCACCAAUCAAAUUGGUGUUCAAACUUUGAGUGAACCGAGGAAAUCCAUUUCUCAGUUAAGUUCAGACGAAAGCAAUCAAACUCUGGGAGCAAAACAGACUGGUAGAAAAGAGGGAAGGAAAAAACUUGUAGCUGACUACAAAGAACUUAUAAACAAACACCAAGAACUGACUGAGUUAUUUGAGAACCUGACUCGCGAUACCAAAACAACCACUGCUUCAUACGAGCAACAGCUAUCCCAGAAUGCUCUCACGAUGCAGGAGAUGCAAGACGCAAUCAACGAACUGCAAGAACAGCUGCAGAGUUAUCAAGUCACGCAUCCACUAACUGUGAAAUCAGCACAGAUCAAGUCUCCAGACUUCAUGUUUACCCGCCUCGAUAUGGAGCACAACGCCAAAGCGUUAAAACGAGGCCUUCAAAAUGGUCGCAUCUCUUACGAAGGAUAUAAGGAAAUGUGCAGCCAAAUGGAAAACUACGUCAGCAUCCCCGGCAAGAGAUUAGCUAGAUUGGCUCGUAAAUAUCUCCAUCACACGAGAAUGAAAGAAGUCGAGGCAGCAAUUCGAGCAUCUCGGCGUUUGGAUGACCAGGUUUACGAGCUUCUCGAUAGAAUGGAAGAUUUUCAACAGACAAGAACGAUGCGUUGGGAACAGAGGAUGGAGAUGUUGGCGGGUGAAAGAGAAGAAAUUGCGAAGCUUCUUGUGAAGACCUUGGAGAUGAUCGAGCAUGAGACAGGAAUAUUUUUGAUAAAGCCGAUCAUGUCCAUCCCAUCGAGGCGCAGAAUUGGAAGUGGAUAUAUCGUUAGCCGGAGGGUCAAAUCGCCUAAAGAUGAUGGUUUCACAAGGGAGCAAUCUUCAGGGUUUUUAGCCCCACAUUCAACCCCAUCCCCAAGCGCAAGGAGAAGCCCCCAUAGGCGCACAAUUGAGCCGGGCGCAUCGAUACAGAGUCUUCGUCGAUUGAAUUCUGAUGAACUGCAAAUGAAUGUCAAAUCAAUGCUGGCAGAAAAUGGGACAACGGAUUCAGUUUGGAAGGUACAAUCAUCCCUGAGCGGUCCUUUACCCAUAGCCAGGUCUCUUCCCAAUAUCCCGAAAAUUAUGGAGCUGGACGUGAACAGAAGUAUGUUCGCAAACAACCUUGUCAGCACACGACUACCAUCCGACACAGAUACGACAUCAGGUCCGCUGCAUUCCAAUGUCUUGUCAUACAUAACAGUCACACGGCCAUCGGGCGAGAUUGGAAAGCAAGCAUCGACAAGAUUCGACCAAUCAACUGGUACAGGCAAUGAAAGUUCUCCACCUCCACCGUCACCAUACGAGGAAAACAAUUCAACUCAACAAAUCCGCAAGCCACAAAGCCCGUUGCCUCCCAUUCGCCCAUCGCCAUAUAACGAUGAUGGAAGGUCUGUGUCAACGUAUCUCUCAGACGCUGAACGUGUUUGGUCACCAGUCAUCGCCCAUUGAAGCUUUGAAGAAUUGGGAGGGCCUCGCAGAGAUGUCCUUACAAGAAGGGAGGCACUAGAGAGGAGAGAGCCUCAAAAUGAUGCUUGUGAAGAAAAUCUGCGUGAAUUUUGAUGUUUUUGAAACAGUUCAUUACGAUUAUGUAAAUAACAUACAAGUGACAAUUGAUCUCUCCAAGAAGAUCAUAAGAGUAAAGGGUUUUUCUAUGGUAAAAAGAUAUGUCAAAAUAUCUUAGGUGCAUUGCAAGAAGGAAUAAGCCAAGAGGAGAGAGCUUUGAAGGCACAAUCUUCCUAAUUAGACCAUUAGAAGAAACGCUUGUGUACCCAUCCUUCUUGGUACAUCUUAGAUACAUUUGGAAAGACAACAGGGAAUAAUCUUUACGUACAUCAAUAAGACUAAAAUAAGAUCAAAAUUCUCUACUGAUUAUCCUCAAGAAAAGAUCGACUGUAAUUGUGUUGCUGUUUUUAGGAUUCCUGUUUUGCGACAGUCAAAGGAAAGACAUGUAUAUCAUGAUCUUAAUGAUACUGUCUUUGUAAAUAUAUUUUACAUUUUAAGAUUGUGUAUAUAAUGUGGUUUCCAUAGCUCUCUAUUUGCAACACCAUUGAUUGGACACCAUUAGCACUUUUCUGCUCUCUACCACGCCAUAUAUAACGAAUCCUCCUUUAUCAACCGAGCCACCCUAAAAUAACCAGUUUACAUAUCACUAAAAACAUUUUCAUUUUCUAUUCUCUCGUCAUUAUCCAUUCUUUUUAAAGAGGAAGAGAAAAUAUUGUUUAAGAACAGUAAAUGCUUGUAGUAACUUUUUUUGAAGGAAAGAUUGAAUCUAUGAUCUCGCCUGUUAGCAAAGUUUGACAAGCAACCCAUCGAGAGAGAAAAUUUAAGUUCAGACAGGAUGAUUGCUGAUACUUUCAAUCAUUUCUGGCUAUAAAGAGCAAUCACGAUCAUUUUUACAAGUCUCUUGUAUAUUGAUUCUUUCCAUUAUUUUUUCUUGAAAAGAUUCAUCAGAACUGAUUGCAGAAUGUGAAUAACUGUUGAAUGUUUGAUUGUAGAUUCAUAUUAUUUGUAUAAAAAAUUCUUGAA